GGCCAGUUCCUGGUUUCAGAGGUAGGAAGAGCCUGGCCAGAGGUGGCAGUGACACCUGCACCUGGUGCCCAGGCCAGAACUCCUUGUGCUCUGACCUCAGGGAGGCCUGGGGAAAGGAGCAGCACCUUUGCGUGGAACCACAGCGGCAGUGUCCUCUCAGACCAGGGCUGCCAUGAAACUGAACAGGAAGUCAGUGCUCAGUUUCUUCCGAGGAUACAGGGCACAGGCUCCCGACCAGGAGGGCAUCUUGCUGAAGAAGGGGACCCGGAACACCAGCUACCAGCGCCGCUGGUUCAUCCUCCGGGGGAACCUUCUCUUCUAUCUGGAGCACCAAGCAGACCACACCCCUUUGGGCCUCAUCCUGUUGGAGAACUGCCAGGUGGAGCAGCGCCUUGGGGCCACGGAACCCUACGCCUUUACCAUCCUGACGCCCAGAGCAGAUGGCACAGAAGGUGGCCGGUCUUAUAAGCUGGCAGCAGAAAACCAGGAGGAGCUGGGAGCCUGGCUGGGGGCACUGGCCGGGGCAAGCUGGAGGCAGCUCGCUGCGCUGCUGUCCCCACUGGAAGCCCAGUACCGGGAGCUAUGCCAGGCAGCCGGGCAAGAGCCCAGCUCGCCUCCUGAAGACUUCCUAGCCACCUUCACUACCCCCUCCAGUUUCCAGGAACUGCACGAGCGCUAUGGGAAGGAGAUCCAGGCGCUGCAGGGGGUGCAGAGGGGACCCCAGGAGGCCAGUGACAGUGAGAGCAGCAGAUCCCAGGCAGAAGGGGAGCAGGGACUCAACCACUCUGUGCUGCUGAGUGACUUGAGAUGAACCCGACCAAAAAGGACCUACUAGCCUAAUGUUUCACUGGGGCGGGGAUCCUGGCUCCCUCCCUCACCCCUCAGCCUGACUGUAACUCCCCUCCAUCAAAUAACAGGCAGGAGACAG